GCGAGCGUCUCGUGUCGAGUGACGGCACGCGAAUUUUAAAAUUUCCUCGUGCGUGUUGUGUUGUGCUUUGUGUAGUAACAUUUAAUGUGGUUGUGAAAGAAUACUGUGUAUUUAUGACCUAAUUAGGACUUUAGAAAAUUGAUGUUUUGGAUAUUAAAAUUGAAAUUAAAGUUAAGUGGACUUGUGUAGAUUUCUACUUAGUGUAAUGUAGGAGUGUAUUUAGGGUCUCGGCUUACGAAGUUUUUAUUAAGGAAAAAUCAGUGUCCUGAAAGUUGGGACAAAGGCCGUAGCCGCAGCCUCCUCAUCAAUCAAUCAACCCGCGACGUUUGAAUUUGUACCAACACACUGCGACGACCCGCUGACAGGUCUCGCAGAAACUCUCAUCAAAAAUUAAGAUUUUGGAGAGGGAAUAGUGUGAAAUAUUUAAAUGAUAUAUUAUCUGAUUCUCUACACAAAACCUGAUAACGAAAAAUCGACUGCAGCAUGAGAUUCCCGCUUUCCACAAAUAAUGACGUCACUACGCGAAGGUAGAAGGUAACGGCCAAAAUGGAUAUAGAUCAUGUUGUACUCGAUAAGGAAACCAUCAACCGAUUUGAACAGUACACAUUGGCAAAGCCUUCUCUUAAUGGCGGGAUAUCUUUGGACAGGUGCCAAGAAACCGACUCGGUAGCAUCUAAUAGCAGAAAGAAGGCGCAAACUUCCCGCCAAAAAGUUGUUUGCUGCUUUUGUUUUAAAACAACAAAAUAUAGAAGAAAACAAUUCAUUAUAAGCUCACUGACGAAUAUAGUGAUAUUUUCUCUUCUACUAGCCUAUACGUUUCUUGGAUCGUUUAUAUUUUUAGCAAUAGAAGGAGGUGCGGAAGUACCAGUUAGACCUCGGAUAUUACCGGACAGGCAGAAAAUAAGCCAAAGAGAUCAGAACAAUAGUAGCAAAAAGCAAACAGACGACGAUUACGAGUAUGGUAAUUUGACACUCUCAGCGAACUACUUCUGGGAGGCAAGGAGUCGGGCGGUGGAAAAUAUCUGGGAAAUAACUGUGUCACUGAAUAUUUUGUACCGUGAGAAUUGGACGAGACUAGCUGCCCAGGAGAUACUAAAGUUUCAGAAUGAGCUAGUGCAACGGGUUACUACUGAGAUGGCGUCGCAGUAUGGCGUCAGUUACAGGGAAAUGGCGCUUGGCGAGUUCGGGAGCGAACUUAAUAACCAUUACGAGGAGCACGAGUGGAAUUUAGCACUCGCAUUUUUCUACUCGCUUACAGUUUUAACUACUAUAGGUUAUGGAAAUAUCGCUCCCCGGACAAUUCUUGGAAAAGGAGUCACGAUCAUUUAUGCAUUAUUCGGAAUACCUUUAACACUCGUAUACUUAUCAAGCGUCGGUUCCCUGCUAUCCAAAAUGGCGAGAAGUGUGUUUAGCAGGGCCCUGUGUUGCUGCCUUUGCUCGAACUGUGGUUACUGCUGCUAUGACGAGCGAAGAAUGGCAGAAAAAGAAAGGCGAAUGAAGCUCAAAAGACAACAAGAAGAAAUGCUCAACAGUCAGAACACAAGCAAAACCCCAACAGAAGAAUGCUAUGUUCUAAAACCUGAUAGUCAGAAAGACUUAUCCAUAUCAGAAAGACCAACAACGAGCACUGCUAAAGACGAUAUUAUAAGUUGGCCGGAUACAGACUCUAAACUUUCGAUGCAUGGUUUGAGCAUCCUCGCUCCAGUUUUGCUUUGUCUAGCGGCAAUAUUUAUUUAUAUCACUAUAGGAGCUAUAGUUUUGUAUAAAUUAGAUAAUAUGGGCAUUAUAGACGGAUUUUAUUUCUGUUUUAUGGCUUUAAGUACUAUUGGGUUUGGUAAUAUUAUUCCAGGAAUGAGUUACACGACCAUUAGUGGUGUAAGGUAUUACACAAUUAAUUCUGUUACCUUGUGGUUCUGUUCUGCUUAUACAUUAACUGGAUUAGCGUUAACUGCCAUGUGUUUUGGCGUAAUUCAUGAUGAAAUUAUUUAUAGGAUAAAACACCAACAGAAAGAAUGGUCACAUAAAAGCAAUACUGUUAACGACGAAGUGAAUUUGAAUGAUCCGUUUUAUAUGCACUCUUGACAAAUGUUCAAAGGUAAAUCUGAGAAUUUGUAUAGUAUAAUGGAGGAUAAUACAGUUGUAGAGAGGAAUAGAAUUGAAAUUGACAAUAGGGAGGUAGUACUUUGUGUAGAUGAUGUGUCCGGAGUUGUGGAUACGAGCACGGAUUUCCCUCCACCGCCUCCCGAGGAAGAAAUAGUAACAAUUGUAACAAAAAAGGAGCCAAAAGGCUUCGGGAAUAUGGUUGCAUACAAUGUAUUACCUGAAAUGCUAGAACAUGUAAACACGUCAUAACUUUUGAUUGAUUGCCAAUAUUUUAGUUUUUACUGGCUGUGAAAAGUUUGUUUUACAAUAUUCGAACAAAAAUAUCAUCAAACCUGUAUCGAAUUUAUUUUCCCGUGAUUGAAAUGUAACAUUGUAUAUAUGUAAAUAUUUGUAAGUAUUAGCGUUAAACUGAACAAGUGAAUGAUGUCUAACAUCUUUUAUCUCGAUCUAUUUGUCAACUGUUAAUAUCAAAGUAAUUGUAACAAUUUUCAUGUGAAAAGUUUCUUUGUAAAGAUAUCAGUUUAAUAAUAAAACACAAUGAAAGAGAG